UCCGGUACCGGCAGCGCCCGGAGCCGCAGCGGAGCCGGCGCUGCGGUGGGGACAGAGCCAUGAGCGAGGGCUGAGACCCCCCCGGGACCCCCAGCGGUCGGCACUGGUGGGCACUGGUCCGUACUGGUGGGGCAGGAUGCGGGGCGCCCCGAAGCCGCUCUUCGUGCUGCUCUUGGCGGCCUCGGCCUCGCUGGCGGCGCUGCUGCUGCACCUCUGGGCCCCCAAAGGCCCCCCCAGCGUGGACCUGCGCAGACCCCCCCCCGGCAGGGUCACCCCCCAACUCACCCCCCCCGCCCGGCAGUACCCCGACGUCCCCUUCCGCCUGCGCCGCGACGUCAUGGAGCUGCUCCCCAGGAACGGGUGCUCGUGCGAGGCGGAGGCGUCGCUGCCGCUGCACCCGCAGCUCUUCGGCCACGGCCCCGGCGUUGACUUCGCCGACGCCUUCGCCCCUGCGGAGCGCGCGCGGCUGCAGCGCCUGCGCGAGAGCGAGUUCCGCAGCCACCGCCUGCGGGUGCAGAACGCGGCGGAUCGGCUGCUGAUCGCUCGCGCCAACUCUCCCCUCGAGUUCCCCACACAGGGGGUGGAGGUGCGGCCGCUGCAGAGCGUCCUCCUGCCCGGGCUCAGCCUUCAGGCGCCGCGCAGCGACCGGUACCAGGUGACGCUCUCGGCCACGCUGGGGACGCUGGCGGUGGCGGCCGAGGUGGAGGGCGUGGAGCGUCGGGGCGAGGGGCAGCCUCGGCUCUCGUUGGCCGCCGCGCGCCUCGACCACCUCAACCGGCAGCUCCAGUUCGUCACCUACACCAGCACCCAGUUCCACCCCGACACCGCCGACAUCGUGCAGUUUGCCACCCCCGGGCACGAGGCCGCCUUCACCGUCCGCAUCCGGCACCCGCCCGCCCCCCGCCUGUACGGCCCCAGCCCCCCCGCUGACGGCGACGGCGACGGAGGGUACAACGUUUCGGCGCUGGUGACCAUCGCCACUAAGACGUUCCUGCGCUACGACAAACUGCGCGGGCUCAUCGCCAGCGUGCGCCGCUUCUACCCCUCCAUCACCAUCGUGGUGGCGGACGACAGCCAACGGCCCGAAGCCCUCCAGGGACCCCACCUCGAGCACUACCUCAUGCCCUUCGGCAAGGGCUGGUUCGCCGGGAGGAAUCUGGCGGUGUCGCAGGUGACGACCAAAUACGUACUGUGGGUGGACGACGACUUCAUCUUCACCCCCCGAACCCGUCUGGAGAAGCUCGUGGAUGUGCUGGAGAGAACCAGCCUGGACCUGGUGGGCGGGGCGGUGCGGGAGAUCACCGGCUUCACCACCACGUACCGUCAGCGGCUCUUGGUUCGAGGGGGGGAUUCAGGGGGCGACUGUUUGCGCCCCAUUCCCGGUUUCCACCACCGCCUCGAGGGGUUCCCGCGCUGCGUCGUUACCGACGGAGUCGUCAACUUCUUCCUGGCGAGGACCGACAAAGUGCGGCAAGUGGGGUUCGACCCCCGACUGCGACGAGUGGCGCACCUCGAGUUCUUCAUCGACGGUCUCGGGGUUCUUCACGUGGGCUCCUGCGAGGACGUGGUGGUGGACCACGCGUCCAAGCUGGCGCUGCCGUGGCGCCGGACGGAGGGCGAACGGCAGUACGCGCGGUUCCGGUAUCCACCGGCGCGCGACGACAGCGUCCGCCUCAAACACCGCCUCUUCUUCUUCAAGAACCGCUUCAAGUGUAUGGCCGGCAACUGAGGACCACCGGCCACCGGCCACCGCCCGAGGCCACCCACACGGCCACCACCACCGCCUGAGGUCAUCGACAGGGCCACCACCACCA